AUGGCAAGAGGCAAUCGUACCACAGUGACAGAAUUUGUCCUUAUGGGAUUCACAGACCGCCCUGAGCUUCAGCUCCCUCUCUUCGUGGUGUUCCUGGCAAUUUAUCUCAUCACCCUGGUGGGAAAUCUUGGUCUGAUCCUGCUCAUCAAGGCAGACUAUCGGCUCCACACCCCCAUGUACUAUUUCCUCAGCCACCUGGCCUUCAUUGAUCUAUGUUAUUCAUCAUCCAUUGGGCCAAAGAUGUUACAGAACUUACUGGUGAAGAAAAAAACAAUCUCCUUUUCAGGAUGUUUUGCUCAGCUGUACUUCUCCAGUGCUUUUGCCACAACCGAAUGCUUCCUCUUGGCUACAAUGGCCUAUGACCGCUACAUGGCUAUCUGCAACCCUCUGAUUUACACAGCUAUUAUGACAGAGCGGGUCUGCAAAGAGUUAGUGGUAGGGGUCUACACCUAUGGCUUCCUGAACUCUGUAAUACAGACCAUCCUGACUUUCCAGCUGUCUUUCUGCGACUCCAAUGUGAUCCAUCACUUCUACUGUGCGGACCCUCCUCUUCUUGCCCUCUCCUGCUCUGACACCCACAACAAGGAACAGCAGCUCCUUAUCUUCUCAGCCGUGAAUCUCACUGGCUCCCUCCUUACUGUCCUCAUCUCCUAUAUAUGCAUCCUCUUUUCUAUUAUAAAAAUCCAGUCUUCUGAAGGCAAGUGCAAAGCAUUCUCCACCUGUGCCUCCCACCUCACUGUGGUCAUCAUCUUCUAUGGAACACUGUUUUUCAUGUACCUACGGCAACCUAAGGCAGAAAAUUCGUGGAAGUACACCAAAGUGGUCUCUGUGUUUUAUAGUCUUGUAAUUCCCAUGCUUAACCCUCUGAUCUAUAGCCUGAGGAACACAGAAGUAAAGGAUACUCUGAAAAGAUUACUAGAAAGCAAAGCAUCGUAG